AUGGCAAACGAGUUUGGAUUAGGCUCUUUACCAUUACAAACUAAAAACCCCAACACUACAUCGUGGAUAAAUAAAGCAAAACCUUUCUUUGUAGAUCAAAUUGGAGAUUCAUUACAAGGUGAUAUUGAUAUGAAUAAUUUGUCCAUAACUAAUUUAAAGUUACCAGAAAAUGACAAUGAUGCUGUUCACAAGAAAUAUUUAAUGGAGCAAUUAAAUUUAAUUGAAGUAGAUAAAGACUAUUUAAAAGAAAGGACAAAGGAUGUGAAAAGAUUCUUCAAACGACAAAUAAAUAAUAAAAAUUUUAUUGAUGAAAGUAAACUGAAAGAAUUAGAUUAUAUUGAUGAUACUAAAUUACAACAAGAAGUAACAAGUUUAAAAAAUUUUAUUCAACAACAAUUAGUCAAUGUAGUAGAUAAAACUCAGUUACAAACUUUAAUUUUAUUAAUAUUUAAUUUAGAUGAUAAGAUUACAAAGCAAAAAAUAGAUCUUAAACAACUAAUAGCCAAUAUUAAUCCAGGUAUAAUUGAAGACCGCAUUAGAAAGUAA